AUGGUGAUGAAGCACCAGGGACAGGGCGUCAAUGGGCACCACACCUGCCUACCCCCAGAUGGGUCCCUGGGCAGACGCUUCCUGGUGCUGUGGGAUUUUCCGCGCUGGUGGAAGCGCCUCCCUCGACAGAGCUGGGAUGCUGUCCUAGAGCCAAGCGCCCGCGCUCCUGUUGGCCGCUGUUGGGGGGCGGCAGGGAGGGGGACCCCGUUGGUCGCCAUUGGCUGUGCGUUCCGUGGGUGGCGGAGGGAAGACACGCAGCCCGUAGCCCUGGCCUCACUCCCGCUGUCCAGCCGCUCACGCUCCGGAUUCCCGCGGGCUGCUUUUGUGGACUCACCGGGCAGUGGAGCUUGGUGCCCCCCCAAAUCCCACUGGGAACUGCUGAUCCGAGAUCGGUGCAUUCUCAUCCGAGGGUCCUCCCUGGCUUCUUCCCUCUUCACGGUGGCUGCAAAUCUAUUCAAGUUUUUCACCUGCCACAGACAGAGCACUUGCGUUCCGCCAGCGGUGCGCCCGGAGUUCGGGAAACCACCCCAGCAACCUUCUUUUUUUCCAGAAUUCCAGGAUCCGACAGGAGGCAGAUAUUGCAGAAUCAUUGUUAAGCAAUAGCCUACCAACAGGAAAAGAAG